CAUCGUGUUCAUCAUCACUCAUUCAUCACUCAUUCAUCACUCAUUCAUCUCAGUGGAUUGUCAAAAACUUACCCAGGAUUUCGAUAACCAGCAAUACAAGUCAGAGAAUUCUUGAUAAUACCGAUAUCAUACUAAUAACAGUAACAACACAGACAGUAAAAGCAUACGUUUCUAUAUUUAUAUACAAAAAGGCAUCAACAACAGACAGACAGAACUUGCUGUCGGAUGCACAACCCAUGGGCACUAACAUGAAUACUCUAGAACCAGAUCUUGAAGCUGGCGGCCAACCCUCGAUUUUAAAGCAAUCAAGCCAUCCAAUCUGUCUCAUAUUCCAUUUCCUAUUCCGUAUCGCGGCUAUUUGCAUCUACUUUUUCGGGACAUGGUUCACGGAAAACUUUGUAUUGAUCUUUGUGCUAUGCGUUCUCAUGCUGGUCUUUGAUUUCUGGACUGUUAAGAAUGUCUCAGGACGUCUUUUGGUGGGUCUUCGCUGGUGGAGCGAGAAUAAAGAGGAUGGCACGACCACUUGGCUUUUCGAGUCACGCGAUCCAAACCGUCCUCUCAACCCUGUUGACUCUCGUCUAUUCUGGACAGGUCUAUACGUGGCACCGAUGAUCUGGAUCGGCUUUGGUGUUAUAUGCAUUUUGACUUUCAGCUUGAUGUGGCUUUUGAUUGUAGCUGUUGCGUUGGCAUUGAACUUUGCGAACGUGAUUGGAUACACGCAAUGCGAUAAGGAUGCGAAGCAGAAGUGGGCAUCCGGAUUUGCAUCCAACGUAUUGGGAGGCUCCGCCGCUGGCGGAUUCAUGGGCGGAUUGAUGAGUCGAGGUAUCUCUCGCAUGGCUGGCUCCAUAUUCUAAAAGCAAAAGCAAAAAGCAAAAGCAAAAAGCAAAAGCAAAGCGAAGACAAAAGUCGAAAGGCAAAAGGCAAAAGGCAAC